AACAAACCUUAUCAGCGCAUCUGGCCUUAUUUAUAAAGUGUUUGAGAUAAUUCUAUUCAGAUAGCAAAUAUCGAUGCUACGAGCAAAGAAUUAAGUUUCUAUCAAGGUGAUAUAAAAUAGUUCAAGUACUCUGCAAGUACCAUGCGUUUGCUACUUCUCAUAACAGUACUGUGGAAAUUCCCUUUUUAUAGAGCCCUGACGUGUUUAAAAUGCGACGACGUUGUGCAGCCACGCCACUGCACAACGGUCAUGACCUGUCCAGAUACUGACGUGUGCUUUGUUGAAAGAAGAAUUAAUUCGUUUGGUGAAGAAGGCUACGCUCUUGGUUGUAUGCGAGAUCAUGUGUGCAGAAAUAUAACAUCAAUAUCGUCGACAAGUCGCUGCGCACAUUGUUGCAUUAAAGAUCUGUGUAACCAGGAAGGUUGUGGCGAACCAGGUUAUCCUGAUUCUCGGGGUCCCGUAUGUUACAACUGUUUAGACGCAGUACCCGAAGGUCGGUGUCAUCAAAUUGAAAUAUGUCGACAAGGCGAGAUAUGCGGCGUCAAUGGCAAAGGCAUGUUUGGAACAACUGUGUUUGCAUCGAAAUGCAUUCAACAAGAAAGCUGUGGCGCGCACCAUGGAAUAGACAUAAUUGGAAAACGUGGUCAGAUGUCAACGAUACGAGCAUACGACGUUCACGACUGCUUUCAGUGUUGUUAUGCGGACCUUUGUAACAGGAACUGCAAUAACAACGAUUACAUAACUUAUGCACAUAGUUCAGCAAAAGACUGUUCCGAGUUGUUGGUUCAUGACGCGAGGCUAAGAAGUGGCGUGUACACCAUCAAUACUCCUCUCACUCACACACAGGUACAUGUGUACUGUGACAUGGACACUGAUGGAGGAGGCUGGACGAUAUUUCAAAGACGUUUCAACGGAAGUGUUGAUUUUUACCGAAACUUUAGUGACUAUGAAAACGGAUUCGGCAAUGUGGCUGGUGAAUAUUGGCUAGGACUUAAAUACAUCUACGAAAUAACAUCAAACGGUUCCUUUCAACUUCGCGUGAACAUAACACAUGGUGAUGGAAGUACAGGUUAUGAUGUAUACAGCAAUUUCAGUCUUCAACACGGAACAAACUAUACACUUAAUCUUGGAGAAAGUGUAAAGUCACAAGGCGUUGAUUCGAGUUACACAUUCUUCACAAGCUCGGCACCUGUUGGAAAUGCCUUCAGUACGUAUGAUCAUGAUGUUGACAACUAUGCGACCAAUUGUGCCGAAAAGUACAAAGGUGGCUGGUGGUAUAAUGCGUGCUUCACAAACAUAAACCUUAAUGGCUUGUACAAACCUGGAAGCGAUGAUCGUACGGUUAUGAGAUAUGACAUGACGAUUGGACUUACUUCGAGCACGAUUAUGUUUAAAGACACGGUCCAGAAAGCAUGAUCCGGGUACAAGAAUCCGUGAUUUUUACUAUAAGAAAGUCAACUUAUUUUAAAAUAUUUGAUUUACUGCCAGCGGCUUUCCUUGUUGUAGUCAUAAAUAAAAUCCAACACGAA